AUGAGCGCCCGUGAUCUCGAGGACUUCAUUUCGGUCAUUGAGACGGCCGAAAAGAUCUCGCGAAGUAGCACCGCCCUUUCCACUAUUGACGGCUAUUAUCCAGGCCGAUCCUCUGAACCGAGCUCAUGGCCGAGCUCGGUACCCUCAGCUGUCGAAGGCACGGUGGCCUCGUCGGACACGCCGUCCACUUGGUCCUCGUCCCGAGUUUCGGGAGUCAGUUCCCGCUCCACCUCCAUCGAGUCGGUUCAGACCGUACGCGAAUCUGCCCAGACCAAUCCGGCUUUGCACUUGAUGCAGUUGCAGCGCGUGCAUCGACAUCCACGGGUCGUGGCCCGUGAUCUGAGUCCGGCCGUCACGCCCCAAUCGUCGCCGCUGGUCAAGAGGAAGUCCGUAUCCAAACCGCGACGUCCCUCAUUUUUUGACGAUCAAACCCCACAGAGCAGCCCGGAGCGCAUUCAACCCACCCAGUCAACCCGCCAUGUGGGGAUUAGUCGACAAAAAACGGUCCUAUCAUCGGCCACUGCCUCGGGCCACUCACCUACCAAAUCGACCCACUCCUCCUCGAACUCGUCUCCGGUCAAGGCCGGACCUGCAGGGACCAGCGAGUCGCUCGAGAACACUUCACCUACCCCACCACCAAUCACCGAUCAUUCCAACCCGAUUGAAAUCACAGCUGAAGCGACCAACAACUCUAUGGAGUCGCCUGGCUCCUCUGCCACUCAUUCGUCCCCCCGAUUAUCGCCUCAAAAGAUUCCAGCUCGAUCAUAUGAUUCAUCAGCCACCUCCCCCCAAAAGUCUUCGAUAGUAUCAUCCAAGCAUUCUAAUUUGGCCUCGCCCCAUAAGUCGUCCGUGGGAUCAUCUCAGCAUUCACCUCUGGUAUCGCCAAAUAAAUCUUUUGUGAUCUCGUCUCAGCAUAGCCCAGUGACAAGGUCCCGGAAGUCUUCAAUGGGAUCCUUCCACCCCUCGCCCUCUGCCUCGCCCAACAAGUCUUCAGUGGGAUCAUUUCACCAAGGCUCAGCGAUAUCGUCUCAAAUGUCUUUAGUGGAUUCGCAACAGUGCUCAACCAAAUCUCCUUCCUUGAGUGAAAGCUCUUUUGAAGAGCUUGAGCCGAGAUCUGAGAUUCCUGUUCCGCGGCAACGGAUAGUCAUUCGUCAAUCCAGUAUCAGAGUACAUGACCAUACCCUUCAAGAUGUGACAUUAACAGACCAACCCGUAACGAGCCCUCAAUUGGAAAGGAAAAGCAAAAAGCGACCCAUUUCAGCUCCUCCUCCCAAAACCCGACCUCUGAAAGAAAAAAGCGAGGAGCAAGUAGAUCUAAGGUCUUAUUCAAAAAGCUUAAAACUUUUAGGGCUAAAUAUUCCGUCCAAUAGGGUGGAGGCCACCCAGUUGACUCAUCAAGACCUCGAAAUCCGAACCAAAUCGCCAACGCUGAAAACCCGGUUGACCAAACGCACCCAAUCGAUAUCGAAUCUCCAAGAACUCAUCGAUUCGAAAGAAAAGAUCACUAGGAAGGAGUACGUACAGAUCAAGAAGCCCUUGUGCAAGGCAGUGUUCGAAGAAUGGUAUUUCAAGAAGAUGCAAUCUGAGGUAGAGCAGCGACGAAAAGAGGAAGAGAUCAAGCAGGAGAAAGAAUAUGAAGAGGAAUUGGAAAAGCAAGCCAAGAAGGAGAAAUGCUCUGAAGAGUACAAGAAAUGGUUGAUGAAGAAGAAACUAGAAAACAAUCGUCUAAGGAAAGAUCGAAACACUAUCAGUAGUGGGAAAACUGGUAAAACCCGACGUCUCUUAACCGAGGAUCAGAAAAAGAAAAUGGAAGACAAACUCCAAGAGUGGAAGGACACCAAGAUGAAGGAGUUAAGGAAGAGGAAAAAGUUCGAAGAAGACCAGCGCAAGGCCAUGGAAGAGGAGGAAUUAAAAAUGGCCAAGAAGAAAGAGGCGGCGGCCACGGAGUUUAAGGCCUGGCGUGAUAAGUUAAACGACCAAAUGAGAGCCAAAAUGAAAGAAGAAAAGGCCAAAGCUUUGGAGGCAUUGGAAAAGAAAAAAGAGGAGGCCAAGGAGAAGAGAGAAGCGGCCGAAGCAUCCUUUAUGUAUUGGAAAAAGUACAAAGACGAGAUCCGAGAAAGGGAAAUAAAUCAACGAAAACAAAAGAGAACCAAAUUUGCCCGGGCAGGCUCAAAUAGUGAGAGCUUACGACGAAAAGAGGCCCAAAUUGCGUAUGAAAAGUGGCUCGAAUACACAGAGCAGCGAGAGAUUGAAGAGAAACUAGCGGAAGAGGAGCAAAAUCUACGAUAUCUUUGGCGCCCUCCUUGGUAUCCCGGUGGGAUCUCCGAAUAUUAA